AGGCUAUUGGGAGAGUCCUGCCUACACUGAGUUUUGCAAGCUCAGGGGGGUAGAGCAGGAGUUUGGGCUUGGCUGGGACCUGCUACAGAGAGAGCAAGACUUCCAGUUUCCAGGGGUCUCUGCUAUUCCUGUGAUGUGACGUUGUGACUCUAGGGUAGCCUUUCCAAAUCUGUUACUUCUUUCUCAAGGGACUGUGGAUAAGUGCUGAAAUGAGCCAUUGGUUGACAUCUGGGACCCAAUGGUAUUACAGGCUGAGUGGAGAAACUGAGGCCCAGGAAAAAAGGCUUUCUUGCCACAGUCCUCCAGUGAGCCCUCACUGAGCACCUGUUCUAAAGCAGCGUUCCCUGCAUCAGCUAGGCAGAGAGACAGGUGGGGAGAGGCGUGGGAGGAGAGCGGGAGGUGGAUCCCUCAGAGAAGGGAAGCAGUCACAGUGCCUGCCCUGCCUGGCUGUGCAGCCGGCUGGCAGGAGCUCUCAGAGCAGCGGGUCUGGCUUGGACCCAGCUUUGUCACCUCUGAGGGUAAGAGUGCUUACUUGCUAGAAUUGGCGGAUAGAACCAUGCGGCUCCCAGGUCCCUCCAGAAAGGAACUCCAGGAGUGUCUGAGGUGACUAUAGUGGUGUCUCUCAGGUGGGCAUGGUGGUUCCCUGAGGAGAUGGAGCAAAGUGAGCUGGCCUGGGAGGCUGGCUCAAUGUGAGAAGUUGUGUGGGAUUUGGAAAGUGCUGUUGGGAGAGAACCUUCCUGGAGGAAGGGUCUCAUGGGACUGAUAAUGAGUGCAGGGACCCAGAGGACUGGCCAGGCUGCCACAGAAAACUUGAAAGCUGUAUGAGAGGAGCCAAUAGAAGCAUCAUUUUGCCUUGACUUUAACUUGCUCCCAUAGAUUAAACAUCUUCAGCAGCUACUCUGAGCUGGGAAAGUGGUCAAUGCAGUACCUGGAUCGAGGAAAAUACAUGUUGGGUUGUGAGGACAGGCUUUUUCAGGAGUCCUCGUCUAUCUGCCAUCCCUCCCAUGUCUGUCCUGAAGAGACUAGAGGAGGAACUGCUUCUCUGAGAAGGGUUGGGUGAAGAUCUUGACAAGAAUUCUUUGGAACCAGUGAGCCUUUCAGGCCUGUGUUCUUACUGACCGCCACAGACGGGGCAAGACGGGAGUCCAUUCUCAGGCAGAUACCUGUUCCGUAAGUGAGGCGGAAUCUGAAGUGGCCAGGGUGGUUCAGCUGCUCACAGCAUUCUCUCUUCGCAGGUCCCUAACGUUGAGCGGAGACAGGCCGGAUCCCCCGGAGUAGUCAUGAUUUCAGGAGAUACGGAGUCAUCUGUGAGAAAACCUUCAGAACACUCUCUCUGGGAACGCUCGUGGCUCUUGUGAGGAAAGGGCUGCGAGGCUUGCGUGGGCGGACGGCUGGGCUGCAGCUAUGGACCGAGAGCUGGCCCAGACCCGCAUCCUUGCUGAGCCUGCCCAAGCGUGGCUGCUCCCACCAUGGGCUCCUCAGUGUACAUCACGGUGGAGCUGGCCAUUGCUGUGCUGGCCGUCCUCGGCAACGUGCUCGUGUGCUGGGCCGUGUGGAUCAACAGCAACCUGCAGAAUGUCACCAACUACUUUGUGGUAUCACUGGCGGCAGCUGAUAUUGCAGUGGGUGUGCUCGCCAUCCCCUUCGCCAUCACCAUCAGCACCGGCUUCUGUGCCGCCUGCCAUGGCUGCCUCUUCUUUGCCUGCUUCGUCCUGGUCCUCACUCAGAGUUCCAUCUUCAGCCUCUUGGCCAUUGCCAUUGACCGCUACAUUGCCAUCCGCAUCCCACUCCGGUACAAUGGCUUGGUGACAGGUAUGAGGGCGAAGGGCAUCAUUGCAAUUUGUUGGGUGCUGUCAUUUGCCAUCGGCCUGACCCCCAUGCUGGGCUGGAACAAUUGCAGUUACCUUAAGGAGAGCAAGAACUACACGAAGACCUGUGGUGAGGGCCAGGUGGCCUGUCUCUUCGAGGAUGUGGUGCCCAUGAACUACAUGGUGUACUACAACUUCUUUGCUUUUGUGUUGCUGCCCCUGCUGCUCAUGCUGGGCAUCUACCUGCGGAUUUUUCUGGCGGCCCGGAGACAGCUGAAGCAGAUGGGAAGCCAGCCCCUGCCAGGGGAGCGGACUCGGUCCACACUGCAGAAGGAGGUCCAUGCUGCCAAGUCCUUGGCCAUCAUCGUGGGGCUCUUUGCCCUCUGCUGGUUGCCACUACACAUCAUCAACUGCUUCACCUUCUUCUGCCACUCAUGCCAACAUGCCCCUCCGUGGCUCAUGUACCUGGCCAUCAUCCUCUCCCACAGCAAUUCUGUCGUCAACCCCUUCAUCUAUGCCUACAGGAUCCGGGAGUUCCGCCAGACCUUCCGGAAGAUCAUCCGUACCCAUGUCCUGAGGCGGCAGGAACCCUUCAAGGCAGGGGGUUCCAGUGCCUGGGCCUUGGCAUCUCACAGCACUGAGGGAGAGCAGGUCAGCCUCCGCCUCAACGGCCACUCCCUGGGGGUAUGGGCCAAUGGCAGUGGCCCCCAUUCUGGACGGCGGCCCAAUGGCUACACCCUGGGGCUGGUGAGUGGAGGGAGCUCCCAAGGGUCUCCUGGGGAUGUGGAGCACCCGGAAGGAGACCCAGAGCGCCCUGGCCUCGGGCAUCAACUGGCUGAGGGCAGAGUAGGGACAUCCUCAUGGUCUGCAGAGUUUGCCCCUUCCUGAGGGUAAGAAAUCUUUAUCUUUUUGGUUGGCUGGACCAAUCUCACUGAGAGAAGACAAGGAAGACCGUGCCAGGAAGCCCACUGGGCAUCUGGUUCCCACUUUGGACUGAGUAGAGGGAACAUCAGCCUGCAGCAGCAUGAAGCCCCGUAAGAAAGGCCUGGGGUGGAAGAAGGAGAUGCUCUGUGCCUUGGGCCCUGUGCUAGGCUGGAGUUACAGUAGCAUCAGCAUCUUCGAAGGCGGAGCCCAGUUCCUCCAAUCCAGAAGCAUCAGAAAGCUCUGUCUUGUCUCUAUAGAGCAGCUGUGGCUUAGCUGCCUGGCCCAAUGCUGGGGUAUGGCUUCUCCAGGUCUCCCACCAUAGUACACUACUCUCCCCAGACUGUCGAAGGCUCAGGGAGCUGCUGGCCUGGAAGUGGCACUUGACUACUUUUUUUUUUUUCCAGAAGAUAAAAAUGUGAGGAAACUCUUUCUAUUUUAUUGACAAUCCCCCCCCCCCCGCCCCCUGACUGCUGGGUCUGUCAUUGAUCCUGCUCUUGUUCCAAGGAGUUGCAGGCAGCCCUCUCACACUGCCGCAAGCUGCCAUGCACUUAGUCAUAGGGCCACCUCGAGGCAACAAAGCUGGGCUUGAAGACAGGAACUGUGGAGGGAGUAGUGCCAGAGUGUGGGCUCUCAAGUCCCAUGAGAGAGGUUAGAACUGUCAAGCCCUGGACUUGAGCCUGGGUAGCUCAGAGCUGUCCCAUCAGAGGCCCUGUCUACUGCCUUUCCUUCUGGAGGGACUGACUUUUUUGUUUGUUUGUUUGUAUGUGUGUGUGUGUGUGUGUGUGUGUGUGUGUCUUUUCUGGGAUAAAAUAAAAUGAGCCACACAUGUGUUUUAAAUUUGUCCACAAAGAAUGAUGUCUGAGUUCUUUUCUCAAUUCCAUAGCCUGGUCUGAUGCAUACACAUGUGAUUAUGUGUGAGAGAAUUUGUGUAUGUACAGACAGACAAAAAUGACAUUGCUUACCCUGGGGACUUUCCAGGCUCCUGUUCUCUAAGGGGACAGGCUGCCCGGCUACAGCAGAAUCUAAGUGCCCAUGUGUUAGGGUGGAGUUGGGUGGCAUGGGGUGGCAAACUUACAUUUCCUGUGGGAGACACAGCCAUUCCUCACAGGUGCCAUGGAAGGUCAUUGACACUUCAGGGUCAUUGAACCCUCCUGUUCCCUUGUUUCCUUCCUCACAUCCUACCAGAAGAUCUGUCUGUAAAUCAUCUCAGAGCUGUGUCCAUCACUCCUACCCUUGUUCUAGUCCUUAACCAAGAGGCUACAGAGGUCCCAGAAACAGAUCUGGGCUGAGGCAAAGCUGCCUUCCCUUCCUUCCAACAAAGAAACCUAUGAGACACUGUCCCUUGCUCCAGUCUUGGCCUCUGAGUCCCUGCCUACAGAGAUGCUGCUCUGUCACCUGGUGGAUGGUGAUGACAGCUUGGGAUGGAUGGGCAGGGAGCCAUGACAGGGCCCCGAGGGCCAGGCUACUAUUUCUUGGGCUAUGAUUCAGAAAAGGUGUGUUAGAGCUUCAAGGAUGAUGUUCACACAGCCCUAGGAGCCUUGUUUCACAUGCAAUUAACAAGCCCAGAGAGGUUAAGUUCUUGUCCCAGGUUACACAGCAAAGCAAGUGGCAGAAGUGGAUCUAAAUCCAGGUCCUCUCAGCUGCGACAUUCAUACUUUUUAAAAUUAAUUGAUGAUAAACUAUCUCAACCAAGCCAAAUCGUGUGAAAUAAUGUUUUAUCUUCAGCUUAAGAAAUGUUACUUCAGGUGGUGCGCACCUUUAAUCCCAGCACUCAGGAGGCAGGUGGAUCUCUG